GCCUGGGGCGAGGGGCGCACUCGCUCUGAAGGAAUCCUGGAGGGGCUGUUUGGUCGCCAGACCCCACAGGCUCGGCUGGGGCUCUGCAGUGUCAUGCCCGGGAGCCCCCGGACCGCGCCGAGCUGGGCGCUGUUGCUGCGGCUGCUGGCGCUGCUGCGGCCCCCGGGGCCAGGGGAGGCGUGCAGCUGCGCCCCCGCGCACCCCCAGCAGCACGUCUGCCGCUCGGCGCUUGUGAUUCGGGCCAAAAUCUCCAGUGAGAAGGUAGUUCCUGCCAGUGCAGAUCCUGCUGACACUCAAAAAAUGCUCCAGUAUGGAGUCAAACAGAUUAAGAUGUUCAAAGGGUUUGAGAAAGUCAAGGAUGUUCAGUAUAUCUAUACACCUUUUGACUCUUCCCUCUGUGGUGUGAAACUAGAAGCCAACAGCCAGAAACAGUAUCUCUUGACUGGUCAGGUCCUCAGCGAUGGAAAAGUCUUCAUCCAUCUGUGCAACUACAUCGAGCCCUGGGAGGAUCUGUCCUUGUUGCAGAGGGAAAGUCUGAAUCAUCACUACCAUCUGAACUGUGGCUGCCAAAUCACCACCUGCUAUGCUGUGCCCUGUACCAUCUCGGCCCCCAACGAGUGCCUCUGGACAGACUGGCUGUUGGAACAAAAGCUCUAUGGGUACCAGGCCCAGCAUUAUGUCUGCAUGAAGCAUGUUGAUGGCACCUGCAGCUGGUACCGCGGGCACCGGCCCCUGAGGAAGGAGUUUGUUGACAUCAUCCAACCCUAGUAAGGACCAGUGACCACCACAUCCCUUCAAGAGUCCUGGAGGUCAAGCCAGUUCUCCUUCCCUGCAGAGCUCUGGCCAUCACCACCUGCCCCACUGCUGCCAGCCAAUGUGAAGUGCUGAGUGCACAGUCUGGCCAGGGGCAGGCAGGGCUGGGGUACAUUACAGCUUAUGUCCAAGACCCCAGCCCACAAUCUGUCAAGGGCUAGGGAAGGCAACAUGAAUUUUCUAUCUUUCUAUCUAUUUUCUAUCUUUUCCUUCAACCCAUCUCCUCUGCUUCCCAAACCCCAUUAGUGUAGCCUUGUACAUGUUACUGAAGGUGUUUAUUCUGGCUUAGUUUGUUUUCCAAAGCCAGGACUAUUCACUUUUAUCCCCAGGAAAAUAUGUUUUUCUUUUGCCUUAACUGAUCUGAUAGGGGCGAAAUGGUGAAUGUUAUGUAUAUGAGAUGGUAUAUCCUUGAGAUGUAUAAUACCAGAAGAUGGGUUGACAGUGUCACAAACAGGCUGAUUGGCAGGAAUGAAAAGACAACAUACUAUGGCUCGACUCCCCCUCCUGUCUCAACUCAUCCUAAUCCUCUGGCACACUUUCCUCCAUUUGGGGGAGUGUCCUGGGGGACUGGGAUGUUCAGUGUGAGAGCUAGAAUGGUCUAACCUCCCUCCCCAUGCUGUAAUCCCUCUACCAUGGCUGGUAGAGGGGCCUGCCCAGUUAGCACACCUCUUGGGACGAGAAUACACUACUGUCUAAGAAUAGGUACUGUCUCUCCAGGUUAACUAUCCCUAAUGCCCUCAACUGAUACCCAUUGGGCUUCUCUUCUGCCUCUUUUAGAUUCUAAUGUAAUCUAAAAUUAAUUCCUACUGUAGAACUUAUUUUUUAAGCCAAAAAAAGCCUUUCUCUUGUAGAGCUGAAGUCCCCCUUCAUCAGCUUUUGACACCUCAGAGCAGCAGUCCUCUCUUAAGGGCAAAUUUCAGGAUAAAGAACAGAAGAGAAAUAACACAAGGACCCCUGGGGUAGAAGGAUGGUAGAUGGGGAAUGUACUUUGCAAUUAUUGCAAUUUUUUCAGUGGUCAGCCCUACUAGACGUUACAGCAGGAAACAGCCCCUGCACCCUUCAGCUCAGUCCCCUCACCGUGUCUUGGGCUCCCUGAGAUCUCCAACAGGAGCUCUAGACUUCCCCAGCCUCUGCCAGGCUUCCUGGCUUGUCAUGAAAGGGCAGGUCCUGAUAUUGGCCUCUAGGAUGAUUAGGGACAAGGGUUUAAAAUUAGAGCCUCUCCCCAGGGCAGCUCUGGCCAAGAUGACAGAGAAAGUUCUUUUCAAGGCCCACAGCUGUUCUUCUGCAUGUGGUCUGCUGGUAAGCAGGGCCAUACACCACGUGUAAGAAGAAGCCUCUUGAUUCUGAGAAAUGGUGCAAAUAGAGAUCCCUUUUAGCAAACGGAGUGGGUAAGGGCACAAAUAUCAUCUCUGUUCCAGGUCGCAUUGAGUCUGCAUAGGUGAGUUAAGCAGGAUCACCCACUGAUAACACCAGCCUGGGGCAGAGGGUGUAGGGACAGGGAGGAAGAAGGCAACUUGAGCUCUAGGUUGUCAAGGAGGAAAAACAUUAGGAACAGCCUCCUUAACAACCAACCAUCUCAUCUCUCUGCUCCUUUUGACAUCCUACGAUGGUUCAGAGAAGGCAUAGUAUUAACUCAGUCUCAUCAUGAUCUUCAGGAAGCCAAGGGAGCAGCAUCUUACAUCUGAGGAAUGCGUCACUUCACACCGUCCCAGAAGUGUAUUACUUAGUCUCACUUAAACGUUGUACAUACCAUAUUAGAUGUCCUGAUCGGGGAUAAUUAUGCCCACUUGAUUGUCCUAUUGGAACUGCACACAGUAACGAAAUGUAGCUUGUCCAAUGACACAUGGCAGAGCUAGGGCUGGAACCCAAAGCAGUGGGAUCUUCUUGUUGGUUUGUUUGGGAGGUCUGUUACUCUCCCAGCUUGAUUAAACUCCCCAAGCUUGAUGAAACUUC